GAAGACCAUAUUGUAUUCAUCAAUAACAACAAACACAGCUCAUCAGGGCGAAAUGUACUUUCAACGUAGCAUUUCGUCUUCAUUCGGACUGUGUUGCCAGUAACAGUUAGCUGUUAUUUAGAUAGCGUCUUCUGUAGGCCUAUAUUUAAUUUUUGGGAUUAAGGUUAUAGAGAAGAACAGUAUUGCAGCAUCCGCCGCCGUGAGUUGACGUCUGGCUCUUUUGAAGUCACGUUCGUCUGACUAGCUGGUGGGAACAUUUGCUGACAGAGCAGACCCGAGAUGAGCUGAGGACAGGAAGGAGCACUUCACUGCACACUCUGUCAGGUGAUGAGAAUUGAGAGGCUGUAGCUGAAUGUCAGCGGUCAUGGAGGACGACAGCCGGCCUCUGCUGAGCUCCGAGCAGACUGGAGAGAGCUACUCCACAGACUCACUGGACUUUAAAGCUAAAAGGCCCUUCCACGUAGAGCCCAGGAAUAUCGUAGGUGAUGACCCGCAGGAGAGAGUCUCUGCAGAAGCCGCCAUCCUCAACAGCCGAGUCCAUUACUACAGCAGACUGACAGCCUCUUCUGACAGACUGCUAAGUCCUCCAAACCAUGUGAUCCCCCGGCAAGAGGAGAUCUACAUCUACAGCCCACUGGGGACAGCUUUCAAGGUGACAGGCAGCGACCCCUCCUCUAAAAACCCCAGUAUCAUCACCAUAUUUGCUGUAUGGAACACAAUGAUGGGCACAUCUAUACUCAGCAUACCUUGGGGUAUAAAGCAGGCUGGUUUCACUCUGGGGAUCCUCAUCCUCAUCUUCACAGGCCUGCUGAUGCUCUACUGUUGUUACAUCGUUCUCAAAUCGCCAAAGGCAAUACCAGAUAUGGACACUUCCGACUGGGAAUUCCCUGAUGUUUGUAGUUACUACUUUGGCAAGUUUGGCAAGUGGUCCAGCUUGUUCUUCUCGAUGGUGUCACUUAUUGGAGCCAUGGUGGUUUACUGGGUUCUCAUGUCCAAUUUCCUCUACAACACUGGACAGUUCAUCUACAACUAUGCUCACAAUGUCAACAUGUCAGAUUCAGAGUUUGGAACCAACGGCUCAGAUAGAGUCAUCUGUCCAUACCCAAACACUGAACCCGGAGGGAACCACACCAUCAGCACACUAUACAUCAGUGGAAAUGACACUUCUGAUGGCACCUCUUUUGAACACUGGUGGAGCAAAACCAACACCAUCCCCCUCUACCUCAUCAUCCUGCUGCUGCCGCUGCUCUGCUUCCGCUCAGCCGCCUUCUUCGCACGGUUUACUUUCUUGGGCACCAUAUCAGUGGUCUACCUGAUUGUGCUGGUAACGAUUAAAGCUGUCCACCUCGGCUUCCACCUAGAGUUCCACUGGUUUGACACAACCGAGAUCUAUGUUGCAGAGUUCAGACUGCUCUUCCCUCAGUUCACUGGUGUCCUCACGCUGGCCUUCUUCAUUCACAACUGCAUCGUCACGUUAAUGAAGAACAACAAACACCAAGAGAACAAUGUGCGGGACCUGUCUGUGGCUUAUCUUCUAGUAGGGCUGACCUAUCUGUAUGUGGGAGUGUUGAUCUUUGCUGCCUUUCCCUCACCUGCUCUCUCCAAGGACUGCAUUGAGCCGAACUUCUUAGAUAACUUCCCCACCAGUGAUGUGUUGGUGUUUGUGGCUCGGGCCUUCCUGUUGUUCCAGAUGAUCACAGUCUACCCCCUGCUGGGAUACUUGGUGCGGGUCCAGAUGAUGGGCCAGAUCUUUGGCAAUCAUUACCCCAGUUUCCUCCACGUUCUGGCACUGAACAUCGUAAUAGUUGGAGCUGGUGUCCUGAUGGCCAAGUUUUAUCCCAAUAUUGGAUCCAUCAUAAGGUUUUCUGGAGCGACAUGUGGCUUGGCUCUAGUGUUUGUCUUCCCUGCCUUAGUCCACAUGAUCUCCCUGAGAAGGCAGGGGCUGCUCCGCUGGCCGUCAGCCAUCUUCCACAGUUUCCUGAUCCUGUUGGGCAUGGCCAACCUGCUGGCUCAGUUCUUCAUGUAGAGAAGCAGUCAGACACAGAGUCCUAACCAAUCAGAAGCAAGAAAAAAAACAGAUGGGAUGGAAAUUUCACAUGGGAAUCUCUGAAAUUCAAUGUAGAAUAAUGGAGUGCUUAACCGCACAGUGUGUUUUAUCCCAUGCAUGUCAUGGCCACAAAAAUAACGCCCAGAUGAACGUCCGCAGCCUCCAGCUAAUCCGAUUUAUUGUCGGUUUCUAUGGUAUAAAAAAGAAGAUAUUAAAUAUCGCACACUUCCUGUAGUAAGAGUUAGUGUGAUUUGUAAAGGUUUAUGUUUCAGGAGAAUAACAGGAAUCCAAUGUCUUGGUUUGAUUACAUUAUCUAUUUUUUAAUUUUCUACAUGCAAUCCAGCCAAAAGUAUUGCUAUGAUAAAAGCUUUCAUUUAGAUAAUUUCCUACGUGAUACUGUUGAUUAUUCCUGCUUAGACUGAUCUCAGACCUGUCCAGCCAAGUUGUAUAGACACACUGUAAACUGUGUUGAAACUUAUUGAUAAGUUGAGCAGCGAGCUGGCACAAACUUUUGGAACAUGGGGUCACUUUUGAGCUGUAACACCAUCAGGGGAGCAUCUUCUUACGCUAUUGUAUUAGAGGUCUGUUUUUAUGUAGAUUCAAACAGCAUCUCAAUCAAACAUUAACUCUAUAGACAUAAUCCAUUCUAUAAUAAUAAUAAUAAUAAUUAAUGGAUGGAUGACACCGUGAGAGGUUCCUAGUGAUGAACCGACAGAAUUAUCAACUGAAUCUGCAGCUGCCCUCAGCUUUUCAGAACUUCAUGGUGAGUUUUAGCUCUUUUUUUUCUUUUUUACUCUCGCGGCUCUCACAGCGUCUGUUUAGGCCCAGCAGGCAGCUGAUUUCAGAGUGCUCAGCACCAAAAUGCAGACAGACUGUUAGAAACUAGCUGGUGAACAAGGUGGAGGAUUUGGCAGCCAGACCUUUUUCCGCAGGAGUUGGUGGAGACCAAUAACAACUAACAAGAGAGUGACUAUUGGAAUAUCAUUCAUCAGGUGGACAGAGACACUGCUCCAAGUGAAUGAUCAUGUUCUGUGUCUGCUGGAUGUGGAAAUAAGGAACUUAAAAGGUGAUGAUGUGUCAACGUUGCAUUCACAACUUGUUAUUGCAGGUUUAAGUUUGUUACACGUGAAGCUUUACGGCUGGAUGUUAUGAUCAUAUGGAGUUGUGUCGUGCUGACACCAGGGAAUCCUAUUACUAACUGUGAUUAUGUUGUAUGUUAUUGGAGAACAGCCAUGUUGUGUGCUUAUUUUUUUGGAAGAAACAUUUGGUACAAUGUUUUAAUUUUAAUGAGCAGUGUGCAGAUUUACAUGUUUGACAUGAUGCCUAUUUUCUAAAUACUGUCUAAUUUGUUGUAUUUUACUAAUGAUAGGAUAGACAAAGGGAAUAAGUGCGUGAAAAUAAACCAUAUCAAUCUAUAA